AGUAAGGCACACUUUGUGUCAUUGUGUUUGCAGGAGAGAAAAAUGGAGAAGGGUCCAGUUUGUGUAACAGGUGGAACUGGAUUUGUUGCCUCAUGGCUUGUUAUGAGGCUUCUGCAACAUGGUUACACUGUUCGAACUACGGUUAGACCUGACCCAGAAUGCAAGAGAGACCUCAGCUUCCUCACAAGCCUGCCAAGAGUAUCAGAGAAUCUCCAAAUCUUCAAUGCAGAUCUCAGCCAACCAGACAGCUUCAAUGAAGCAAUUGAAGGAUGCAUAGGGGUCUUCCAUGUUGCUCACCCUAUGCCUAACAAAGAACUUGAUGAAGAAGCAGUGACCAAAAAAGCUGUCCAAGGAGCCCUAGGCAUAUUGAAAGCCUGCCUAAAUUCCAAGACUGUGAAGAGGGUUGUGUACACUUCUAGUGCAUCAACUGUGGCUUACAGUGGCAGCAGCCAAGACUUGGUGGAUGAGAGCUCAUGGAGUGAUAUUGAAUUUCAUAGGUCUCUUAAAAUAUUUGGGACUUCAUAUGUUUCUGCCAAGACCAAAACAGAGCAAGCUAUCCUGGAAUUUGCAGAAAAAAGUGGAUUGGAAGUUGUCACUUUGAUCCCUCCAUUAGUUGUUGGUGGAUUUAUCUGCAAAAACUUCCCUAGCUCAGUUUACUUGUCCCUGUCCAUGAUUUUAGGAAAUCAAGAUCACUAUAGAUAUCUUAUCAGGCCAAGUUUCGUACAUGUAGAUGAUUUGGUUAGUGCCCAUAUCUUUCUUUUUAAUAAUUCUGAUGCAAAAGGGAGUUUCUUGAAGGGCAUUGAAGGUCACAAAUCGUGUGGCUUCUCAUCACAAAAGCUCCUGAGUUCUGGAUUCAAGUUUAAGCAUGGACUCGAUGACAUGUUUGGUGAUGCAAUUCAAUCUUGCAGAGAAAAGGGUUUUCUUUAA